CGAGCUCUUCAACAUUGAAAACCAGAUGAGCUGCUGAUGCGAGGAUGAAUCACACGAAGGUUUCCUGGCGUCCGAUAAACAGACAGGAAAGCUAAGCACCUUUAAUUUAAUGAGCAGAUUCAAGCAAGAGCAUUUUUAUCGGUUUCUUGGUGAUUUGGAUUGCAUCCUGGGACGUAUUCAAAUGUGAUGAAUUGAGAGAGAAAAAAAUGAACCGAGAAUCUCUUGUUCAAUGGCGGAGAAAACGCUAUCGAUCGCCGUGAAUUUGGAAAAUAGUAAAUAGAUGUUCUUGUAGGAGAAGUCUUUAUUUUCCCCUGGUGCAACCCCAUGUCGCGUCCCCAGGGACGGACCACCCACGGACACAAGGAGGAACAAUAUGUGGGACCCUACAAGUUGGAGAAGACCCUGGGAAAAGGACAAACGGGGCUAGUCAAGAUGGGUGUACACUGCGCUACAGGGAAACGAGUGGCCAUUAAGAUAGUCAACAGGGAGAAACUCAGUGAAUCGGUACUGAUGAAGGUUGAACGAGAAAUAGCCAUAAUGAAGCUUAUCGAGCACCCCCAUGUCCUGGGUCUUUUUGAUGUGUAUGAAAAUAAAAAAUAUUUAUACCUGGUUCUAGAGCAUGUAUCUGGAGGAGAAUUAUUUGACUACCUGGUCAAAAAAGGCCGACUCACCCCCAAGGAGGCCCGGCGAUUCUUUCGACAAAUCAUCUCCGCUCUGGACUUCUGUCAUAGUCACAAUAUAUGUCACAGAGAUCUGAAGCCAGAGAACCUGUUACUAGAUGAUAAAAAUAACAUUCGAGUUGCUGACUUUGGUAUGGCUUCACUUCAAGUAGAAGGCUCUAUGUUAGAAACCAGUUGUGGGUCACCCCACUAUGCAUGUCCGGAGGUGAUUCGGGGCGAGAAGUACGAUGGACGGAAGGCGGACGUCUGGAGUUGUGGUGUGAUACUUUAUGCUUUAUUAGUUGGAGCACUUCCCUUUGAUGAUGACAAUCUUAGGCAGCUUCUGGAAAAAGUUAAAAAGGGCGUAUUUCACAUUCCACAUUUUGUCUCACCUGACUGUCAAAAUCUACUGCGAGGAAUGAUAGAGGUCAAUCCAGACCUUCGACUGACGUUAGAACAGAUCCACAAACAUUCUUGGGUUGUUGUGGAUAGUCAGGGACUUGUAGAGCUAGAAUUACCUGUUUCACAAGUGGUCCAGACCUCUGUGAUACCCACAGUGGAGGACCUGGACCCAGAUGUACUGUCCACAAUGAACUCUCUACAAUGUUUCAAGGACAAGGACAAACUUGUUACAGAACUCCUCAGCACAAAACACAAUACAGAGAAGGUAGUGUAUUUUUUGCUGUUAGAUCGUAAACUCAGGAACCCUAGCAUUGAAGAUGACCACGAGAUCAGACUUCGCUCAGAAUCAGCUGACCCUCCCAGAAAACGAGUAGAUGCUGUGCAACUGAAUCAUCAAAAUGGCCAGCCCAGACUGUCGCUAGGAAGUAUAAGUGAAGGGUCACCGGUAGCUUCCCGCCGAGCACUAGCUGUACAGAGAGUCCGAAAGGCCAGUCUAUCCAGUAGUCCUAGCAGUUCCCCAAUAUCCAGUGUGAGAAUACCUGCUCGGGGCCCCACCCAUAGUCCCUCAGCCACACCCCCAGGAUCCCCCGCCAUUCAGAAUAACCCCUGGAGGUCACGGCUGCAUACCAUCAAAAACAGCUUCCUUGGCUCUCCUCGAUUCCACCGGCGAAAACUCCAAGGUAUCCCGUAUGGUAACCAUGGUAAUGGGUAUUGUAAGGAGGUACCACCGCCUUUGUUGACAGUGCCUACAGAGGAUGUUUCCAUGACGCCCGACUCCUCCCCUGAAAUGACAAAGAAGUCUUGGUUUGGAGCCCUGAUGGGGAAUGAGAGAGAGGAACAUCAUUUUAUUAUGGCCCAAGACAAACCUCUGAGUCAGGUCAAGGCAGACUUAGUACAUGCUCUACUGUCGACAGCAGACCUCAGUCACAGUGUAGUUUCUGCUACUUCAUUCCGAGCAGAGUACAGGCGAUCAGGCAGUUCAGCCAUGUUCUCCAGAAAUGUACGAUUCCAGAUGGACAUCACUCCCACACAUGGUGGCAGUCAGAACAGUGUGAUGUACUGCCUCACCUUCACACUUAUAGCAGGUCCUUCGCGGCGCUUCAGGAGGGUAUGUGAACACCUCCAGAACCUAAUGCUGGGACCUCGAGGUGACGCUCUGAAUCAGCGCAAGAUCAGCACCGACAGUACAUCUUCCUACACGUCAGAGACAGGGGAAUCCCCUCGACACAGCAGCUCAGUCCGGGAAAACGGCGAGGAGGAGGUAUUUGACCGAUAUCCAAGCUAUCGAGUUUCCAAGACACCAACUCCCACAAGACGAGAGGUCCCUCGCGUCAUUACAAAUGGGAAACGGGCCAUCGUGGACCAUAGCUACAGGAAAGACAAGCUAUGACACCAGAUACAUACUUAAAUAGCUCCUCCCCUAGAACUAUUUCCAAUAUCUGUAGACUAUUGGCUUUAGUUGGACUGAACAUUGGAAGAUUGUCAAAAGAUGCAAAAAGUCAGAAUCUCCCUGUGCUAAGUACUGAUGACUGUGAUCGCUGGAGUGAAUUUGAAAUUGUGUCUGCGUAUGUGUAAACUAAGUAAUGUAUGUGUUGGAUAAGUCACACUCUAGCUGUGUAUGUGAUCUGGCUUCUAUGUGUCAGUUCUUAGAACAUUGUAAUUCACUUUCUAUUGAAAUUCGCACACCUGCUCUUACUUUCUGGACUCCAUUUUGGAAACACAGCAUUGUACAUGUAUAUCUAGAAACAUUAUAACUAAUAGGACAGUGAGUAUCUGUGAUUAAAUAGCAUUUUGUAUAAUAAAUUUUGUGUGUAAAUCCUUAGUGAUUUUUUUUUUUUUUUUAAAUCAAAUCUUGUAUGGGAUCUUUUCCAUUUGUUCUUGAUAACAUGUUUCAAGCUAAUCGGUCAUUCCAUGUUACAGUGUUCAUGUGAACAGCAGGAAUGGAGUUAUAGGAAGUGUUUUUAGAAUUCUUUUUUUAUUGUAAAAUAUGACUGAUGUAAGAAAGUUGUGAUGUAUAUGCCAAAUCUUCUCAUGUACUAUUGAAUUUCAUCAACAUUAUCAAACAUAAACGAAGUACAUGCACUGUUAGAAAUAAUAUAUGCUUAUAUAUGGAGUAAAUUUGCAUUGUGA